AUGGCGACAGAAACAACCACGGCGGCCACCGUCUCCGGGGGCCCAGCCGCAACGGUGCUGAACCACUCCGUGAAGCCAUACACCUUUACCUUUUCGUCCUUUCUCCGGGAGACGUACCAGGUCGGGCUACCCGUGGACCGACCGAUCUGCAAAGCAUACCAGACCGGCAGCUGCCCCAACGGGACGCGCUGCACCGAACGCCACGUCGUGGCCGACUCGUCGUCGCACUCGAAGCACGCGGGCGGCGGGCACGGGCACCACCACCACCACCCGACCGGGGGCCUCAACUCGCUCGUGUGCAAGCACUGGCUGCGCGGGCUGUGCAAAAAGGGCGUGCCGUGCGAGUUCCUGCACGAGUACAACCUGCGCAAGAUGCCCGAGUGCAACUUCUUCAUGCGCAACGGGUACUGCUCCAACGGGGAGGAGUGCCUGUACCUGCACGUGGAUCCGCUGUCCAAGCUGCCGCCGUGCCCGCACUACGACAUGGGCUUUUGCCCGCUCGGCCCCGUCUGCGCCAAGAAGCACGUCCGCCGCAAGCUCUGCGCCUUUUACCUCGCCGGCUUCUGCCCAGAGGGCCCGGAGUGCAGGCGCGGCUCCCACCCCAAGUGGUCCACCACCCUGGACCGGCCCACCGUCAAGCCACCGCCCAAGAGCGAGGAGGAGCUGCGCGCCGACAUGGAGCUGCUGCAGCAGCAGCACCAGGCCCAGCAGCAGCAGGCCCGCGGCCACUACGACGACGCGGACGGGUCCCGGGAUAAGGAGGAUCGGUUCGGCGGAAGGCAUGGCGGCAGGGGCGGUGGGAGAGGCGGCUGGCGAGGCGGCGCCGGCGGUGGUGGUGGCGGUGGUGGCCGCGGACGCUUCAGAGGAAGAGGAGGGUAUUAG